AUGAAGAUUUCAAAGCAAUGGGCUGUGUCGCGGUUGUCUGGUUUGUCUCGCAGCGGCAGCAUGUGCGAUGAGAUGGACGAAAGCAACUCACAUGCUACUCUCCCGAAAGAACCAGAUCGAGGUGCCACUCAGUCCGAGCCUGACUCCAAUAUGUUGAAGUCUUGGAGUGAGGAGAGACUCCAAGCCAUAGCAAAGAGAUGGAAGCUCUCUGACGAGGAACAAUCCAAGCUGAAACAACUCCAGCCAUUGUUGGCUGAUAUCCGCCAUAAGAAGAAUGACCCCGAAGAGGUAGUCCGUUUUUUGAAAGAAGCUCAUUCCAUCAAAGGUACUGAGCUUAUGUUUCGAAAGUUUAUUGAUUUCCGCAUCAGACAAGUUGACACAAUCCUCCAAGACUAUCAACCCCAUCCUGUCAUGAAAAGCCACUUCCCAAUAACAAUUUUGAACGGAACGGACAAGGACGGCGAUUGCAUAUGGUUAGAAAGAACUGGAGUCACAGAUGUAUAUGGCUUGUACAAGUACUUUGGAAAAGCGGGCAUUAUGAGGUAUCAGUUGUGGGCCCGUGAAAAAGCCAUGCACACGCCAUGGAGUCAAGCCUACAAGGCAGAGAAGGACCAAUCCCCAAGAGUCAUUUGUAUCUUGGACAUGCAAGGACUGAACAGCAGUCACAUGAACCCAGUUCUACUGCCUAUCCUAGCAGAUGUUGUCAACAUCAUCCAGAACUACUAUUGUGGAUUUAUCAAGAAGAUCAUUGUUAUCAGAGAACCACCCAUAUUCAAGGUCCUUUGGAGCCUUGUCAAGCAUUUCUUCAAUCAGAGUAUGAAAGAGCUUAUUGAGUUUUCAGGCUCUAACAACUACCUUGCUGUUCUGGGAAAAUAUAUUGAUGACCUGGAAGAGACACUACCACCCUGUCUUCUAGAAGGUGCCAGAGGUACCAUUGCUGAAGGCAUGCCUCAAAGAAUGGAUGGUGGGCCUGUGCCCAUGCGCCCCAAGCCUCGGCAUGUGCUCAACAACGCCAGCGAAAGUGACACCAACGCCGUUCAGCUGCAGAGAGCAAUCCUGCACGGCAGCGAAGGAUUCCACAGAGAUCAGAUGCAGCGUCAUUGUGUCAGGAUCCUUUUGAAAGGGCGCCACAAACAUGAGGCGAAUACCGGUACUCACGGGGGCUUCAAAUGCAGACGCAAUCGCACCAGGAGCAGCUCGAUCAAUCCAGCAAUCUCCAAGGAUCAGCAGCACCACCAUGAUAAUCCUCAAGAUGCAUACAUUUAG